AUGAUAAUGAAAAACCAAACUGUCAUCUUUUUUUUCAUCCUCCAGGAUCUGCCCAUUCCUCUAGAACAUCAGUCACUGUUCUAUGUCCUGUUCCUGGCCAUGUACCUCGUCACCAUCAUGGGGAACUUCAUCAUCAUCACACUCAUUCUACUGAACUCCCAUCUUCACACACCAAUGUACUUCUUUCUCAGUAAUUUGUCCUUCUCUGACCUCUGCUUUUCCUCUGUCACAAUGCCAAAGUUGCUGACGAAUAUGCAGAGCCAAGAUCCAUCCAUCUCCUAUGUGGGUUGUCUGACACAAAUGUACUUUUUCAUGGUUUUUGGAAACAUGGAAAACUUCCUUCUUAUGGUCAUGGCCUACGACCGCUAUGUGGCCAUCUGCUUCCCCCUUCAUUACUCCAGCAUCAUGAGCCCCAAGCUCUGUGUGUGUGUGGUAGCAAUGUCCUGGGUAUUUAACGUAUUGUAUUCUAUGCUACACACCCUACUCUUGGCUAGAUUGUCUUUCUGUGAGGACAACAUGAUCCCCCAGUUUUUCUGUGACAUAUCUGCCCUGCUCAAGUUGGCAUGCCCUGAUAUUUUUAUCAAUGAACUAAUGGUAUUUAUCUUGGGAGGUCCCGUUAUUGUCAUCCCAUUCUCACUCAUCAUUGUGUCCUACGUACAAAUUGUCUACUCCAUCCUAAAGGUUUCAUCUGUUCGGGUUAUUCACAAGGUCUUCUCCAUCUGUGGCUCCCACCUGUCUGUGAUCUCACUGUUCUAUGGGACAAUUAUUGGUGUCUACUUAUGUCCAUCAGUUAACGACUCUGUGAAGGAAACUGUCAUAGUCAUGAUGUACACAGUGGUGACUCCCAUGCUGAAUCCCUUCAUCUACAGCCUGAGGAACAGAGAUAUGAAAGAGGCCCUGAUAAGAGUCUUUUGCAAGAAAAAAAUCACCUUUUAA